AUGGCAAUGGCAAAUAAUAAAACACAAUGUUUUACAUGUAAAAAAGAAAAAAUAACUUAUUCUUGUGAAGGAUGUUCAAGAAGAUUCUGUUUUAUACAUUUAACAGAACAUCAACAAAUAUUAAAUGAAGAGUUCAAUCAUAUUAUUAAUGAUUAUGACCAGUUUAAACAAACAAUUAAUGAACAAAAACAAAAUCCACAGAAUCACUCAUUAAUAAGACAAAUUAAUGAAUGGGAAAUAAAUUCAAUUGAAAAAAUUCAACAAAAAGCAAAAGAAUAUAGAGAAAUUGUCAUGAAAUCUUCACCAACAUUUAUUAGUGAUAUUGAAAAGAAAUUUAUUGAUUUAACUGAACAAAUAAAACAAAUUCAAAAAGAAAAUGAAUUUAAUGAAAUUAAUUUAGAAUAUUUAAGAAAUCAAUUAAUAGAAAUAACAAAAGAAUUAAAUAAUUCGACAAAUAUUUCUUUUAAAGAAGAUUCACAAUCAUUUAUUAAUGAAAUUUCAAUUAUUUCAUCAAUAAGAUCAAAAUUCAACAAAUGGAAACAAAAUGCCAUCACUGUGGCUGGUGGAAAUGAAAAAGGAGAAGGAUUACAUCACCUAUUUUACCCUCACGGAACGUUUAUUGAUAAAGACAAAAAUAUUUCCAUUGCUGACUGUGAGAAUCAUCGUAUUGUUGAAUGGAAAUACAAUGCAAAGGAAGGACAAAUCAUUGCAGGUGGAAAUGACAAAGGAAAUCGAAUGAAUCAAUUGACUGGACCAACAGAUGUUAUUUUUGAUCAACAAACUCAUUCGAUCAUCAUUGCUGAUCUUGGGAAUAGACGAGUGAUUCAAUGGCUAAAUCGAAAUCAACAAACUCUCAUUGACAAUAUUCACUGUCAUAGCUUGACAAUGGAUAAACUUGGAUUUCUAUAUGUUUCUGAUUGGAAGAAAAAUGAAGUGAGAAGAUGGAAAAUGGGAGAAUACAAUGAAGGAGUUGUAGUGGCUGGUGGAAAUGGUAGAGGAAAUCAAUUCAAUCAACUCAACUAUCCUACUUUUAUCUUUGUUGAUAGAGAUCAAUCUGUUUAUGUAUCCGAUCAAAACAAUCAUCGUGUGAUGAAAUGGAGAAAAGAUGCAAAAGAAGGAAGAGUUGUGGCUGGAGGAAAUGGUCAAGGGGCAAAUCUUAACGAAUUGUUUGGACCUCAAGGAAUCAUUGUUGAUGAUUUGGGUCAAAUCUAUGUGACAGAUUGUGGGAAUGACCGAAUAAUUCGUUGGUGUGAAGGAGAUGCAAGAGGUGAAAUUGUUGUAGGUGGAAAUGGAAAAGGAAAUCAAUCAAAUCAAUUGAAUAAUCCAAGUGGUCUAUCUUUUGAUGAUGAAGGAAACCUUUAUGUUGUUGAUCGGUUAAAUCAUAGAAUUGAAAAAUUUGAAAUAAUUUUGUGA